AUGGACCGACAAAGAUAUGAUCAAGUACUCGAAGCUUGUUGUCUUAAAAAGGACCUGGAAGUCCUUUCAUUUGGUGAUCAAACUAUUAUUGGUGAAAGAGGUAUCAACUUAAGUGGUGGGCAGAAGCAAAGAAUACAAAUUGCUCGCGCUCUCUACCAUGAUGUGGAUAUUUAUCUAUUUGAUGACCCUUUUAGUGCUGUUGACGCUCAUACUGGUUCUCAUUUAUUCAAGGAAGUAUUGCUUGGCGUACUGAAAGGUAAAACUGUCAUUUAUGUUACUCAUCAAGUUGAGUUUUUAAACACUGCUGAUCUAAUUGUGGUCAUCAAGUCAUGAGGAAGGGUUGCACAAGUUGGAAAGUAUGAAGACAUUCUCGUUCCAGGGUCUGAUUUUAUACAGCAUGUAGGUGCACAAAAUGCAGCUCUAUCGGCACCUAUAUCCGCAGACAAUACAAAAAGUAUAAUCAGACUUGAAAAUAUGAAUAGUGAAGUAUAUGAUGACAGGGGUGCUGCUAGUUCUGAACCUGCAGCACAGCUCGUAAAAGAAGAAGAACGUGAGAGAAGUAAAGUCGGGUUCCAUGUCUAUUGGAAAUAUAUCACUACAGCAUAUGGAGGAGCUCUUGUGAUUCUUGUAAUUCUAGCCGCAAUUAUGUUACAAAUUCUUCAAAUAGGGAGCAAUUAUUGGUUGGCUUGGGCAACUCCAUCGUCAAAGGAUGUAAACCCUGCUGUUAGUGGAUCUACGCUACUGAUUGUCUAUGCAUCCUUGGCUAUUGGCAUAUGUUUCUUCACCCUUGUUGUAGACACGCUUCUUGUAGCCACGGGAUAUAAAACUGCUAUCAUACUUUUCAAAAAAAUGAUGGACACCAUGUUUCGUGCUCCUAUGUCCUUUUUUGAUGCUACACCUGCUGGAAGAAUUCUUAACAGAGUAAGUGAUCUAUCAUCCACUCUUUUUUUUUUUUUUGGUUCACAAAUUAUAUAUAAGUGACAAAAGUAUG